AUGCUUGUACUGGUGGCGCAUGUACAUGGCCAUGGUCGACUUCGAGUUCCACACAGCAGGUCUACAAUGUGGAGAUAUCCUGACGAUUCGGCUAUCAAACCAUACUUGGACAUCGUAGAGGAAAACUUUAACGAUAAUGAGCUGUUUUGUGGCGGCUUCACGUACCAACAAAACUUAGGUGGGAAAUGUGGUGUUUGUGGAGAUCCGUGGGAUGCUGAUGUGAAGGAAAAUGAAGCUGGGGGAAAAUAUGCUAAAGGGAUUAUAGUUGAACAAUACACUCCGGGUAGCUGGUUCACAGUGACCGUGGAACUGACUGCACAUCACAAGGGAUAUUUUGAAUUUAGGCUUUGUCCAUGGAACAAUGUUGCUGUACCUAUUACACAUGAAUGCUUGGAUCAGUAUGUCUUGGCAAAUAAUAAAGGUAGUACUCAAUGGAUGGUUCCAACUUCUACAGGUGGCAGUUCGCAAUACUUUGAUGUUACGCUGAAGUUACCGGAGGAAAUCGAAUGCGACCAGUGCGUUCUACAGUGGAAGUACAAAGCAGGGAACACCUGGAAUUGCGAUAGUGACGGCGAAUGUUGUUCAGGAUGUGGACCACAAGAAGAAUUUUAUGGUUGUGCUGACAUAGCUAUUGGAACAGGGGCCACUUUUCCUCCUCCUGGAUUCACGAAUUCUACUCAAACUGCUAAGACUACAACAACAAAGAAUCCAAGCACUACUACUCAGUCAAUACUAACAACAACAACAACAACAGCCGCACUGACCACUGCGAGUCCAAUAGUCACAACUGAUGACGGUUCUACAUCAGGAGCUUGUCCUGGAGGAGAACCUGGGAAACAGUACUUGUAUACUUGCGAGUCAUUCUACAUUUGUGACGGAUCAAAUCAAGUGAUAUACAACUGUCCUCCCGGUACUGUUUUCAAUGAAGAAUCAAGUUUAUGCGACUAUUCUUUCAAUUCACCGCCUCCAUGUGGAGUAAGUUCUUAAUAUAUUUUUUUUCUAAAAUGUAGAUACGGAUAUUUCACCACGCUUCAAUAGCACACUAGUUUGGCAAACCAUUUUGUAUCGUUUCAAAUUUUUCGUCGAGGU